AUGACCGCAACAAAUCUCACCAACGGAGCGUCCUCGGCUUCUCCGUCCCUUUACCCGAUCCCCACAGGCCUUCAUCCCAUUCCCCUCGAUCGCCUGGACCAGCGUGCAGACGACCAGGUUGAUAACGCCAUUAGGAACCCAUCGCCGGUCACAUCUGCGAAAAACCUAUGGUUCUUCUGGAAUUCCGGAUACGACAACUUGCAUCCAUACGCCAAGCGUAACGUUCGCACUUGGCACCGCCGCUUUUCUCCCCAGGGUUGGACGGUGCGAGUCGUCGAUCUCGAGCCGCAGUCACGGAGUUACAUUGGAAACUGGAUCGACGUGCAAGAUCCGAGUGUCGUGCCUCUGGCUUUCACGGAAGGGACUUUGGACGGCGAGUUUGCGAAACAACACUACUCCGACCUCGUACGGUUCCCGUUGCUCGUGAAAUACGGCGGUGUGUAUACGGACGUGGGAUACAUGCAGAUCGGCGACCUCGAUCGGCUGUGGAACGAAACCAUCGCCAAUCCGGACAGCCCUUAUGAGGUUCUAUCCUACAACGCCGAAGGUGGACGGAGCUACAGUUUGAUGAAUUACUUCAUCGGAAGCCUCCCCGGUAACAUCUUCUGGCAAGCAUGCCACGAACUUUUCAUCGAACUCUGGAAGGGAAAGACGAACACAGAGGGCCUGCACUUGCAUCCGCUUUUAAGAGGCAUCCCAAUGAUGGGACAAUCUCUCACUAAGGCAGGGCACGAAGGACUAAGUCAACGAUUGACGGACUACAUCAUCCAAGGGCAGGUGAUCACAAUGGUGAUGAGCAUCGUGGACGAAGAAACAGGUUGGGACGGACCGGCGUACGUUGCGGAAAAGAUCUUCGCGCCGGAAUACAUGGUUGGCAGUCAGCUCAUCAACGAGUAUACGAAGUGGAACGGUGUCAGAGCCUUUGAGCUUAUGAGUCAAAAGGUGCCUGAGCCCGGAACGUUGGAGUCGGAGGACCAGAAGCUAGCUAGGACGAUCGUGGAGGAUUGUUUUACGAGAAGCUUUGGUUUCAAACUGGCCCAUGGCUUGAUUGUCCAGGUUCUCGGUGAGACGCUGGGAAGCUCAUGGAGGAAGCAUGAGGGGAGCGACAACAUCGAAGGGACAUACGCGCAUUGGUUGCGAUACGGAAUGGAGAGGUGGUGUCCUGAUCAUCUACCUGAUCCCGAAUCGUUUGAGAGGAUAGAGCCGGUAAAGAAGGGCCCCUUGCUUAGAGACGCAUAG